AUGGAGUUGUUCAUUGCGAACCUCGACUCAAAAUUCACCAAAGACAAGCUGAAGAAUUCCUUGACUCCCAUCUUGUCCGGGUCUCAGAUCCAUGUCUUCGAAGUCCGAAAAGCGGUCGGCAAAACGUUUGCAACCCUCACAAUUGCAGAUACUUCCAAAGCACAAAGUCUCUUGUCUAGGGCCCGUGCUUCUCCAAGCCUCCUCUCGUCUCCAUCCGGACGACAUGCGGUAAUCAAAGAGAGUCGGAAACCUGCGGAUCCACAUUGGUUGCGUGUACUGCACAGGGAAGAGAAGGAGCGACUGAACGUCAAGGAAUGGCAGAAGUCUUGUGAACUAGCUGCAAAGACUCGAGACGCCGAACAGGGGACGGGACUGGAACUUAUAGCAGUACGGUGCGGCCGCUGGGAGACGUUGACUGGAACGACUACAUUCGUGCCUUACUUCCAAGUCUCGACAGAAGGCAGGCUGAUAGGGGAGGCACAAGCAAUCUACGAGAAUGAUGUGGUUGCGGCAGAUUCUGGACUGCUUGCGGAAUUUGCAGCUCUAUACCUAGACUCGCAGCCAGCGAAGAGGUUUCGCGUGAGCACAAUCCCGGGAGCCGAGUCUGGCGUUGUUGGCAGUUGCUUGACAUACAGCAUGGUCGUGUCAACGGGAGCUGCCAACUUGCUUCACCGCGUAAAGGCAAUGACAUAUCACCGGGUUCCUAUCACAAUGCUGCCAGCCACGCCUCUCCCCCAAGGGCAAGCGGUCUUUUCGAGACAAUUGUCUUCCCUGAAUACAGAUAUUGCGAUGUUUAAAUGUUCCUUUGCAUGGAGAUUUCAGAUACAUGGAUUGUGGGCUAAUGGUGUCCUAUCUGCAGCCGAAGUCCAAUCUCUGCUGCCGGCCAUGAGGGCCCUACUCGCUCGAUCAGGCGAAUCGACACUCGUUGCAGUCUUGCGACGACUCAAUUUGCAACUGUUCCAUAAUGAUGCUACCACCGAUCCCCAGCAAGGUGCUGUGACAAAUGCGUUGAACAACCUUGAACGAGAUGCAAAUCUUUUGCUCGAAUGUGACAGCUCGCACACCUCACCACGGGACGUGGUCUCAAUUCACCGCGUCACUGUAACCCCCGCUGGCAUAUAUCUCAAUGGUCCGGAACUCACCGCUUCGAACCGUGUCUUGCGACAGUACCGUACACAUGCUGACUGCUUUUUGCGGGUUCUUUUUUCCGAGGAAGAUGAAACACGGAUCGAGUUCGAUAGGGAUACUUCCAACGAGCGGGUUCUCCGUGGUCGUUUCUUGUCAAUUCUCCGUGACGGCUUGAAUAUUGCCAACGAACACUUUGACUUUCUUGGGUUCUCACACUCGUCCCUGAGGUCACAGACAUGUUGGUUCAUGCGACCUUUUGUUCACGAUGGCUCGUUGCUAUUUGCAAAGGACCUCAUUGGCAAGCUCGGCGACUUCAGCGUGAUCAGGUGUCCAGCCAAGUGUGCAGCGCGAAUUGGUCAAGCCUUUUCUGAAACGACAUCUGCCGUAUCAGUGGAUCCGAACAUCGUCCAGGUGUACCCUGACGCCAAGGCCGGACGGUAUUUGUUCACCGAUGGCUGUGGCACCGUCUCACGGUCGAUCUGGAAACGCCUCCGGGGAAAUGUGCGUCGUCAGGACCAGCCUACGUCCUACCAGAUCCGCUACAAAGGGGCCAAAGGAAUGCUUACGGUCGACUCGCGCCUUGAGGGAGACCAGAUACAUCUGCGAGAGUCCAUGGUCAAGUUCAGCGGGAGUCCGUCUGACGAGAUCGAAAUCUGUGGUUCCAACAUUCGCCCGCUCCCGUUCAAGCUGAAUCGCCAGAUUAUCAAAAUACUUGAGGACCUCGGUGUUCCAAGCUCGGCGUUCGAAAGGCUGCAAGAACAGGCAAUACAGCGACUCCGUCUGAGCGCGUCCUCAAAAUCCGUCGCUCUCAACUUCAUCAACGAACACCUCUCCGACGGCAGCAGCGGUUUGCCGAGAUUGCUCAAACAUCUGGAGUACAUUGGUGUCGACGCCACGGAGGACAGCUUCUUGAGGGAAAUACUUGGGGCUUUACUCCAGGUUCAGCUUCGGGAGAUCAAGUAUCGCAGUCGCAUUCAUGUUCCGGAAGCUCUCACACUCUACGGAAUUAGCGAUGAGACUGGUUGGCUGAAGGAAGGCGAGGUUUUUGUCACUUUUGUAGAGAAAAAGGACGGAGCCCACUCCUGCUUGAGCGGACGGGUGGCCGUCACGCGGUCCCCUGCCCUCCAUCCGGGCGACGUGCAGCUUGUUCAAGCCGUCGCCCCACCUGAGAGUUCUCCCUUGUGGGACCUUCGCAACAGCAUCGUCUUCAGCCAAAGGGGGACUCGCGAUUUGCCCAGCAUGCUGAGUGGCGGGGACCUCGACGGCGAUCUCUACAACGUCAUCUACGAUGACGAACUCUUGCCGAAGAUAACGGUCACUCCUGCAGCAUAUCUCCCAGCAGUGCCUAUGGAUAUUGGUCGCCCAGUCACUGCUGAUGACAUGGCAGGGUUCUUCGUGGAUUUCAUGGAGAACGACCAGCUUGGCCGGAUCGCCACCCUGCACCAAGUUUUCGCUGACCUCGACAGCACCUUUUCAGCCAACUGUCUCCUGCUGGCAGAGUUACAUUCCAACGCUGUUGAUUUUUCCAAAAGCGGCGUCCCCGUCGACAACAAGCAAAUCCCGAGAGCUCCUGCGUACAGACCUGAUUUCAUGGCUCCCAGCGCGAGCACCAAAGUCGAGAAGGGUAUCGAGAGACCUGAACAGACCCCUCUACCCUCCGGUCGUCAGCGGUACCGCUACUACGAGUCCACUCGUAUCCUGGGUCGCCUGUACCGGGCCGUGAACGAAGAUAGCUUCUUCGAAGACCUCGAGGAUGAUACUUCGUCGUUAUUCAGCAAGGCAGCUACCAAUGAAGUGUUGAGAGACAUCCGAGAUUGGGUGCUGGCGUACCUCACCUACCCGUGCGUUCAAGCUUGGCUCGCGGAGGCGAAGGGAGUUAGAGAUUAUUAUGAAUCGAGUCUGAUAGAGAUAAUGUCUCUUUAUGCGGUUCGCCGGACAGAGCAACUCACUGAGAAAGAAGUCUUCAUCGGCACGAUUUUGGGUCGUUCCGGGGCGGGUAGCAAGCGUCAACGAGAACAAUCCGACUACAUGAAGUCCCAAUUCAAUUACGAGCUUGACGAAAUCAAAUCACGGAUGGAACACUUGACGAUGGAAGACGGCGAUCAUGGCUUUCUUUGCCUGGCUGCGGCCUGCCUCGAUGUGGCUGUGCGGGAGCCCAGCAAUCAUGAUGUCCAGUUGAGCAGCUUCGGAUGGUUUGCUGCAGGUUUAUGUGUGCCUGAUAUCGUGAAAGAACAGGAAGGAAGCAUCUUUAGUACAUGA